CUGGUGUGGGGCGGCCGUCGCGAGGGUGUAGAGGGAGGCUCGGUCGGCCCUCGCCCCGCGGCCGUGAACUGGAACUUCGAAAACUUCCACCGUAUUGUGUUUACAUUGAACUUUGUUAUGUUAAGAGGUUUGCUUCAACAGACUUUAAUCGAUGAUAACACAGUCAAUGUCAGCUUAAAAGAAAACAUACACUCACCGCCGACUCAAGCUCUAUGCGAGCGUUCCACACAGACAAAUUUAAAUGAAAACUUCCAAGUGAAGUCCGAACCUAGGUCGGAAACACCGUUGAUAGUUAAAGAGGAAUGCUGCGAUGAAGAUAUUCUGAAUAACAUACCAUCUGAUCCCAGCGAGGAUGAAUUACUAAUAGAAAUCAAAAAGAAAAAAAAGCCUAGAAAAGUCAAUAGUAAUAUCAAUGAAAAGAAAGAUAAAAGAAAUAGGAAAAGAAAGGAAAAACAGGACUGGCCGGACGAUGGGUUUGAUAAUGACUUAGAUUUAGGUGUUAUUAAAAAAGAAGUUGAUUUAGUUAAACAAGAAGAACCAGAUUACACUUGCUGCAUGUGUUUCGAGAAGUGCGCCAAUAAGACGGAAAUGUUGCAACAUUAUAAGCAGCAUGGUGAUUCAGCGACGGCCCCACAGACUGCGCCACCGCCUCCACCAGGCGACGUGCAGCGCUGUCUGCGGUGUCAAAAGGUGGUUUCCGGAGGUUUAGCUGAGUGGUCGGAGCAUUGGAAGCGUCAUUACGCCAGAGACACGAGGCCCUACAGAUGUGUGAUCUGUGCUAGAACAUUCAGAGAUCACAAUCUUAUAUUGAAACAUGGUCUCACUCAUCAAGCGGAUAUCGAGGACAAGCCCGGAGCCCCGGGGGGCGGAGUCCUACCAGAUAAACGUUUCGUUUGCGACGUCUGUCCCGAAGGCUUUCCAUAUCUCCGUUGUCUAUUAGCCCAUAGGACUACGGCCCAUCCGGAAGCCCUAAACCGAGCCGCGAGACUCCGCUGCGGGGUCUGCGCCCGGGGCUUCGCCCACUGCAACUCAUUAAGAAGACACCUCAGAGCACAUUCCGGUGAAAGGAAUUUCCUUUGCAAUGUAUGCGGCAAAGCUCUAACAUCGAGGGAGCAUCUCAAGUUUCAUAUACGGAUUCACACCGGCUACAAGCCUAAUGUAUGCAAAGUAUGCGGAAAAGGUUUUGUGAAGAAGUGUAAUUUAACAUUACACGAACGAGUGCAUUCAGGUGAAAAGCCUCAUGUUUGCCCGCACUGUGGAAAGGCUUUCUCACAGAGAUCGACAUACCACAGCGGAGCUCGUCCUUAUACUUGCGGUUUGUGUGGUCGGGGCUUUGUGGCUAAAGGUCUUCUGUCGAUGCAUUUGAAGAGCACCUGCGUCGAUACAACGCAGGCUAGACCGCAACAAAAGUAA